AUGCUCCGGUCUCUGCGCGGCUUUCUUUGCUUUUCCUCCCACAAGACUUCCGAUAACCCUGAUUCGACCCCUGCCACACAAGAGAAUGCCAAUCGCUUGAGAUUCUUGCACAAGACGGCGGCCAAGACCCGUGUUGCCGGCCACAGCCCGCAGAAACAAGACACCACGCCGCCUAGGGCUCAGCCGGUCUCUCCAUUAACCGGCACCGACAGCACCCGUGGCUCGACGUCCGCAUCAGAAGCAGAAACCAAACCUACCGAACUUUCUGCAGCCACUGAACGCCUUUCCUCGUCCUCCGAGGCACCCGCCAAGUCAGGACGCCUGUCGUCGUUGGACACUAGCACACCGUAUAUUCCAAUCCUGCAGCGAGAUGGGAGCCUGCGGCCACCGCAGGUCUCAUUCGAUGGCUAUGGCUCAUUUGGGGGCCAAUUUGCCCCCGAGUCCAUCAUGGGCUUCCUAUACAAGCUGACAUCAUUCUUCGAGGCCACCGUCUCCGACCCUUCGUUCUGGGCUGAGUAUGCCACGUUCCAGCGGCCCCGGGCCACACGGCUGCAGGCGGCGGAGAAGCUCACGAACCUGGCCGGUGGGGCCACCAUCUGGCUGAAGCGAGAGGACCAGAACGAUUACGGCAGCCACAAGACGAGGAAUAUCAUCGGUCAGCUCCUACUGGCCCGCCGGAUGGGCCGCAGUGAGAUCGUCACGGACUGCGCAUCGGCCAAGCAUGGCAACUUCACCGCGGCCAUGUGCGCGCGACUCGGUCUGCGCUGUGUGGUUGUCAUGGGCGCCGAUGACGCUCAUGCUCAGCAGGAAGAUGUCCUUGAGAUGAAGCUGCUCGGGGCCAAGGUGCUGACGGCGCGCGCUCCCUCGGGCAUGGGAACACUGCGUGCCGCCAUCACUGAAGCGCUGCGGUAUUCAGUCUGCAACCACGAGACGACAUACUACCUCAUGAGCAGCCCGGUGGGGCCCAGUCCCCUGCCGACCCUGGUUCGCACGUUCCAAGCUCUACUAGGCGAGGAGGUCGCGGCCCAGAUGCACGACGCCGCCGGUGGCCUGCCAGACGCUGUCGUGACUGCCGUUGGGAGUGGCAGUGGUGCCAUCGGGCUCUUCCGGCCCUUCCUUCAGCACUCAGCCACGCGCCUCGUUGGUGUUGAGGCCGCCCAGGCUGCUGCCCUGACCGAGGGUGAGAUGGGCGUCCUUCAGGGCGCGCGCACUCUCCUCCUCCAGAAUCGCGAUGGUCAGAUCCUUGAUUCGCACUCCAUCUCGCCAGACAUGAAUCUGUCCACAGUGGGGCCUGAGGUUGCUCAUUGGAAGGACUGCGGCCGGAUUGAAAUGUUGACCGCCACGGACGCGGAUGCCCUGGACGGGUUCAAAACUUUGCAACACCACGAGGGCAUCCUGCCAGGACUGGACUCGAGUCACGCGGUAGGCAAGGCAGUUGAUCUUGCCCGAGAACUUGGUCCAGGCAAGAAUCUCGUUUUGCUGGUGACGGGAUGUGACAACUUGGACAUGCGGGGCCUGGUGUGA